GAUCUAAACGCAAAGAGAAAGAUGGCAGAAAUCGCUCCAGCUCUAGCUGCCGCCAAGGUUAAAGCGGCCAAAAGAAAGGUCGUGAAACCGAAGACCGCCGGCCCAAGCGUCAGUGAGCUCAUCGUGAAGGCCGUGUCCGCGUCCAAGGAGCGCAGUGGCGCGUCAGUGUCCGCCCUCAAGAAGGCUCUGGCUGCCGGAGGCUACGAUGUGGAGAAGAACAAUUCCCGCGUCAACACCACCAUCAAGAAGCUGGUGGUCAGCGGGACCCUGGUCCAGACCAAGGGAACCGGGGCCACCGGCUCGUUCAAGAUGAGCAAGAAAGAGGCAGUGAAGAAGGCCGCUCCAAAAGCGAAGAAGCCCGCCGCCAAGAAACCCGCAGUGGCUAAAAAGCCCAAGUCAGCGGCAGCCAAGAAGCCAGCAGCCGCUAUAAAGUCCCCGAAGAAGGUGGCUAAACCAGCAGCGGCCAAGAAGCCCACCAAGAGCCCCAAGAAGGUGGCGAAGAGCCCCAAGAAAGUGGCGAAGAGCCCCAAGAAGGUGGUGAAAAAGGCGCCUGCUGCCAAGAAAGCCCCUGCGAAGAAGGUCGCCACACCUAAAGCGAAGAAGGCAGCAGCCAAGAAGAAGUGAGCUGUCCUCACUGUGAAACAUGUCCAUCCUGGUAAAAGGCUCUUUUAAGAGCCACACACGUCUUUCCUGAAAGAGCUGUUUCCUCAUCAUUCAUCACAUCAGACAGCGUUCUUAACUACAGGGAGUCUAGAUAGAUUGAGCAAUAUUAGAUGUCAUGUUACAAUGUUCAGAUUAAGAAGUUAGUAAAUAUCAAAACAUCAAAUAUUAUAAAACAUAGCUUUUAACUCUGUGAAGGAGUAGCCUACUCCUACCUACACACAUGCAUCAUGUAACAUGAUGUUCAGCAAUAUCGUCAUUACUUCAUAUACCAUACUUUUUAAACAUUAGAAAUAUAAUUACAAAACAGACACUGAUUAUUCUGCACUUUGAGUAGAUUGUUUUUUAUGAACACCAGAAGAAUCUCAAUCCUGUAAUUCUGAAUGCUGAGAUUGCGAGCUGAACCCAGACCGUGGAUGCAGUGUGGCCAAUUGUAUGAUCCAGAUUGAACCUGAUCGUUUAUCCAGAAGAAAUCAGACCCCAUUACUGCCCGUCAGGUAGACAGGUAGGACUGAGUUUAGAAACAUAAAGACCCGGACCAGAACGGAACCAGUGAAUCUUCAAGCACACACUAUACUGGGAACUGAACAUAUACACACACACUGAAAGGACAGUUAUUUUAUGAGAAUUAUAUAAUUUAUUGUGUUUUUAUUAUGUUAUACUGUUUUAUAUUGUGAUUUUUUGGUUGAUUGUUCAAUAAAUUGGUAAUUUGUUCAACUUGUUCUUUGACAUAAACGAGUACUCAACGAUUAUAUAUAUAUAUAUA